AUGACUAAUGCAUCUGAGAAAGGUGUCAUGUUCAAGGAUUUUGUAGAAGAAAAGAACGUGGAUAACAUUAUUUUUAAAGUACAAAGAGCUUUUAUAAUGAAGAAAAAAUCUUUAAAAUGCAUCAGCGACCACAUGGUACAUCUUCGUCUGUGGCGUGUUCUACAAAUUGGAGGGUUGAUUGAUAAGUAUGACGAAUAUCCUUUGAACCCUGACGAGAGCCGUGAAGCAAAUGUCACAGUGAUAAUGAACUUGAUGUUGAGUGCAUAUCAGCGGUCAUCGCCCAAGGCCAGAUUGAACAAACAGGAAGCUUUGCUCCAGGCAUACAGUCAGGUUUCUUUGGAGGACCUCGAACAACUGCGGUUGAAAUACCUCAAGGACUUGUUACUCUUUGAUUAUGAGGACAGGCCCUCUUAUCUGUUUGAUAGGAAAAGUUCAGCCAAGUCUGAAACCAAAACCACUUUUGACUACUAUGAUGCCAUGCGGUUGUGUUUAUAG